AUGUCAGCCUUUCUUUCUGGAGCCGCGGUGGCGUGUGGUCCCAGUAACGUACUGAAAGAUGUACAAGGAAAGCUAGAUAGGGAUUACUCUUUGCAGCAGGAUCGGUUGGUAUCCACACCUAAUAUAGCGGGAUCGUCGAGACAGCCUUUCAGAUCUCAGAACCCUACCGCAGCACCUCCCUCCAACCACUUUCAAGGACCACAAAAUGCUCACGCACCAUUCGACCUAUCAUCCCUUCGACAGCAUCUCUCUCCUUCACCUCGUCCAGCUCAACAGCAACCUGUUCGACCUGCUUCAUCAGGAUGGGCGGAAGCUUUCAAUGUACACAAUCAAGCUAUUACAAGCCGACCUCAACAGAGGUCAACACUUCCUCCGCAAAUGAACGGCUGGGGACAAGAAUUCGCUCAACGUCCAAUUGCACAUGAGUCUCAAAGAGCCAUAACACACAAUCAACCAGUAACAGCACCAUGGAAAAGAACUCCGCUUCAUCAACCUAUGAAUCCCCUUCCUCACUACCAUAUCACACCUUAUCAACCUCCGAUAGCUCCUCACGUCCAAUCGCAGUAUGAACACAGAUCAUCCUCUGCUCCCCCUGAGCACGUCACAACGACAAUUCCCUUGGAGCGUCUUGAUGCUUCGCAAGAUUUAUUAGCUAAGACUGCUCAAUCAUUCGUCGAUGAGCUUGAGAGUCCUUCGAGUAUCCUUUCGGCAAAUCCAAAAUUGGCUCAGAGCAAAUUCUUCUCAUUGUUGAAAGGAUUAGGAAGUGGUGGAAUAGUGAUCAAUCAAGGAGAACAAGCCAAUGGUGAAGAAGUGGGAGAGGGUGCUAAACUCGUCAAUCGAGGUGAAAGCAAAGCGGAUGUGGGUGACUGGGCAAGUGCUUUCAACGGAACCGUGUCAAACGAAAAGGGGGAAAGCGUGGCACACGGAUUUGCGUCUCCAUACAAUGGAACUAGCUAUCAAUCAGCCAUAAUUCCUUCUUUGGAUCCAUAUAUCACUCCACCCCAUUUACACGCAGAAGCAACUCAAAGAUCGGAAAAUGCUAGUUGGGAAACCUCUUUUCAAGAUCAAGAAGCGCUUAUCCGAUCUUCUGAACACCCACGCAGGAAAAGCGUACAUUUCGGUUCUCAUCCCACACUGGGGAGAGAGAGAAGCGGAGUUCCAAAUAGCCUUGAAGAAGCUCUAGCUUCAUCCACAACAAUACCUGGAGCUGGAACAUCAUGGCUAGAAGAAGGACUGGAUGAUUUCGAUGAUGAAACGUUCAUGAGCUAUAAUGGGAUGAUGAAGCAAGCAUCCCCCCAAUCUCAUGGUGUAGGACUACAUGAGGGUUGGGGCGAGUUGCAAAAGGAUUGGGAGGAAUUUAAACGCCUCGAACCGGGCGUUCAGGGUCUGCGAGGGAUGGAGACUGGCGAUAAAACUGAACGUUAUCUGUUUCAAAGGAAAAAUCCUUUUUAUAAGACUAGUGGGAGCUCUUCAUCUUGGGAGAUGGAGUCACCAACUCUGAAGGGAGUACUCGAACUUGAAGCAUCAGUUCAACAAACACCUUCAUCCCACGAGGCGUGGUAUAACCUCGGACUCAAACAACAGGAGAAUGAAAGAGAGGAAUCAGCCAUUCUGGCAUUAUCGAAAACAAUCCAAUUGGAACCAGAUUAUAGACCCGCUUAUCUAGCUUUAGCGGUCAGUUAUACCAAUGAAAGCGAGGGCGAAGCAGCGUGUACAAUGCUUGAGAAAUGGAUAACUCUAGGUGAAGGUCAGACUACCACUGUUAAUGGAGAUGCAGGUAAAGUCUGGGGAAGAGGUGGUAGAGAAGGCUUGAUUGAGAGACUAAUCGACAUGGCACGAACGAAUCCUCAUGAAGUAGAUGCGGAAGUGCAAGUCGCUUUAGGAGUUCUAUUCAAUGCUACAGAAGAAUAUCAAAAAGCAGAAGAUUGUUUCCUUUCUGCAUUAUCUGUCAAACCCGAUGACUGGUUAUUAUAUAAUCGACUUGGAGCUACACUAGCGAAUAGCGGAAGGUCAAAUGAGGCAAUACAGUAUUAUCACAAAGCUCUGGAAUUACAUCCUAGCUUUGUUAGAGCCUUGUUCAAUCUUGGUAUUUCAUACAUCAAUCUGGGCCAAUAUAACCUUGCUGCUCAAUCCGCUUUAGACGCAUUAAGAUUACAACAUUCCGAUGCUUCUGAAGCUUAUUCCUUCGGCCAUGAAGGCAGUGGAAUAAAGGGAAGUAAAGGGGUAACCAGUGAAGCUUUAUGGACCGCUUUAAGGACAGCUUGUAUUCACAUGAACAGACACGAAUUGGUGAACUUGGUCGGACGUCGUGACUUAUCAGAUUAG